GGUUUAACGAAUAUAAAUUAUCUGAAGACCAGAUAAAAUCGACAAUUCAAUAUCUUUUCCAAGAUCCUACCUGUAGAUUAAUUAUUCAGCAAUCUACUGUUAUUGCAUUUUUAACGCCUUUAUUUAAUGUUUUUCCUCAAGAACAAAUUACUACAAUUGUUGUCGAUGCUACAUACAACACAAAUCGGCUAAAGUAUGAACUUUAUGCGAUCCUUGGAAUUGUAGAUGGGGCUGGGUUUCCUUUAUCCUAUUUAUUUGUAAAACCCGAUCAAAAAGAAAAACGUUCGGCAGUUCUCUUAAAUUGGUUUUAUUUAAUCAAAGAACAAG